AUGUCAGAUCCUCUCUCCAUCGCAGGUAGCAUUGCCGGUAUAGUCCAACUAUCCGCAUCCGUAUUCCAGCAAGUCUCUAAGUUCGUCAAGGACGCCAAGGGCGCCGAGAAAGCUGUGAAAGACUUGGCAGACCAGACACGAAACUUGUCCGGCGUGUUGCAAAAUCUUGCGCUUCUCGCCUCGUCACUCGAACAAGAGAGCUCGACUUCAGCAUUCAAAGCACAACAUCUCCACGCUUGUCGCGAGACUCUUCUUGCCGUCGAAAAACGACUAGAAAAGCCAUUGUUGGGAUUCGAUGAAGGAAGUCGACGUCAAGCAAUGUAUCGCAGCCUGAAAUGGCCUCUCUCCUCAAACGACACCAAUGGGCUGCUUGCGCAAAUUGAAGGCCACAGAAACACUAUUUCUUUAGCACUGUCCACAGACACUCUGGAGGGUAUGUUGAGGUGUUUGGAAAAGCAAGACGGCAUAAUCGGAAGCCUGGGUUCCUUGAGCAAGAAGAUGGAACGCUUGACUGCCAUCCAGACGAGAAUUCAAUGUGACGAUAAGCGGCGUGAAAUCAUCGAUUACUUUUUCAAGGUGAAUCCCCAGGUAGACUUGCAAACUUCAAGUCGACUGCGACAACCAUUAACUGGAUUAUGGCUCACGGAAAGCAACUCUACAUUUCUAAAGUGGAUGGGCCUCCCUCAUUCCGGCCUCUGGUUAAGCGGUAUCCCGGGAGCUGGAAAGACUAUUCUUUCUGGUGUGGUCAUCGAGGAAGUCCUGCAAAAGAGCAACCAGUCAGUCGCAGUUGCGUUCUUCUAUUGCGAUUACAAGAACAGUGAAAGCCAGAAGCUUCUCAAUAUCUUGUGCACGAUAGCUGCCCAGUUGGGUCAACAGAAUGAUGAGGCGUUCAGUAUCCUUGAGGAGUACUACGAGGGACUUAAACCGGAGAGCGGCCUUCAUGCAGAGCCUGAGCCAAAAGAACUUAUUGACUUGAUCUCUACCAUCAUUUCAGCUUUCGACAAGGUUUUUAUUGUCAUCGACGGUGUCGACGAAUGCGGGGAUAAUAUGACAGAGGUAUCUGAGGCUAUCGGGCUUCUUUUUGAGGUCUCUUCGGCCGCCAGUAUCGCGGUUUUCAGUCGAGACGAACAAGAUAUUCGAGAAGCGAUCGCUGAUGACUUCGCCCAUAUCGAAAUCUCAGCUCAUACGGAAGACCUUGAACUCUAUAUCCGUGCUGAAAUGGCCAACAGAAGGCAACUGCGUAAUCUCAGCAUUCAGAAUCCUCUGUUCGCCGAAGAGAUCCGACGUGGGCUCGUCAACGGAGCUCAAGGAAUGUAA